CUUAACCAGCACGGCUUCCUUAUUAUCGCUCGAGCUCCCCCCUUCUGUCUGCCCAGCACGCCGCGCGCUGAGUCUGUUAAAUGCCCAACAUCAUCAAUCUCAAGUUCAAGGGUAACAAGUCCUUCGUCGCUUUCAGCAACCUCAAUGACCCCGAGAACCUGACCAAGACCUGGAAGGUCUGCACCAAGGUCGCCAGCUUCCUUGAGCAGGGCCAGCGGCUUGAGAACCUCAGCUGGCGCCUAUGGCACCUCCAGAACUUGAUGGUGGACACCGACAACGCCAAGUCGAAGCGCGACUUCAAGAAGCUCAGCAAGCACAUGGGCGACAAGCUCGACCGCGAGAAGGGCAGGUCCAUCGAGGAGCUCGAGGCGCCCGACUUCCGCCGCAACCCGUCCUCGGACUUCAUCCGCCAGAAGGCCGUCGAGAAGGAGCGCAACCGCGAGGCGUCUCAGAACGCCCAGCCGGGCACGAUCAAGCGGAUGCAAUUCACGUUUUCCGUCGAGCAGCCGUCGCCCGCGUCGAACGCGCCCGUCCCCAAGCCCGACUUCAAGCCUUCGUCCGAGUUCGCGAAGCGCCCGCGUGCCCCGCGCACCCACGUCGAUGACAUGGUCGUGGAGGAGGACCACAAGCCCGCGCACCAGGCGCAACAGCAGUCGCACCAGUCGCAGCCGCAGCCCGCCCGGUCCAGCCCGCAAGCCUCGUACGACUACUCCUCCCAGCAGACGACAGCCUUUCACUUCCCCUCCAUGUUCUCGAACGACUUUGGCCCCUCCGCACUCCUCCACUCCACGCCUUCCGUGACGAACCGGAUGACUUACGGCGAGGGCGUCGCUCCCCAAUACAACGACACGUUCAGCAUUCCCCGGCCCACCAUUGAGCUCCCCCUCGAUGACCUUCUCAACACCGUCGACGCCGCUGACAGUCCUGGCGACUGGAAGCGCUACAGCGACAGCGGCGCGCAGGCGCACCAGGACAUCCGGAUGUCCGACGUGCAGCAGCAGCCGCAAGCCCAGCAGACGGCGAUGUACACCACGAAUGGCAACAAGUCGACGUCGCCCGCCUCCUCGAACGCCUCCGCGACCUCGUCCUCAUCGGCGAGCCAUACCAGCGACUCGGACAGCUCGAGCGAGUCUGACGAGGACUCCGAUCCUGGCCUGAGCAACUCGCUCCGCCAUGCCCCACCCGGUCUUCUUCCGCCGCCGCAGCCCGAGCCCGUGCCGCAGACGGUCGCACCGUCGAAGGUGAACUCGAUGUUCGUGACCGACCGCGCGAGCACGCCCAUCGCGCGGCCGAUGCUGAACGUGAACACCAAGUCCGGCUCGGGCUCGCGCGCGCCGGGCCCCUCCGCUACCGUCACGAACAUGUCCGCCGCGUCCUUGCGCAGCGCGAACAACAACACCGCUCCCGGCGGCGUGAAGGCCGAGUGCUCGAACUGCGGCGCCACCCACACGCCUCUUUGGCGUCGCGGGCUCAACGAUGAGCUCAACUGCAAUGCUUGUGGAUUGUACUGCAAGCUGCACAAGCGCCCCCGCCCCAAGAGCAUGCGCAACAGCAACGAUGGGAGUCGGAACAACAACCAGCCUCGCCAGGAGGUCGCCGACGUUAUGGCGCAAUGCUACAACUGCCAUACAACCGCGACGCCGCUCUGGCGCAAGGACGACGAGGGGAAGACGGUGUGCAACGCGUGCGGUCUGUACUACAAAUUGCACGGCACCUCCCGGCCGAUCUCGAUGAAGUCGGACAUCAUCCGCAAGCGCUCGCGGCACGAGGCCGCGCGCGCCGCCGCGGCUGGGCGUGCUGGGGGAGGCUUCGGCGAGACGCCCUCGGCGAGCCCGGGCGUGAGCCGCCGUGCGAGCCCGUCGCGCGAGCAGUCGCCGGUGCUCGCGCCGGACUCGACGACGGGCGCGUACGAGUACGUGCCACAGCAGCAGGACGAGCAGCAACAGCAGGCGUACGCGCAGCCCGUGAACACGAACGGCGGGAACUCGUCGGAGCUGAUGAACGCGCUCGGGCAGGAUAACAACGGGCAGGGCCAGGACGCGUACCAGAACACGUUCCAGUCGUCCUUCCCGGGCCCGUACCACCCCGACCAGAUGACGCUGCAGUACCCGAGCGAGAACCCGCUGCCGUUCACGUCCGCGGAUGUCUCCGACUACGACUUGAACACGAGCCCGCGCACGAGCAAGCGCCGGCGGAUGAGCGUCGACUCUGCGAGCGAGCCGCCCUCGUCCGCGGUCUCCUACAACUCGUACAACGACGGGUACGGGACGAACGGCGGGAACGGCGUCGCGAACGGGGGCCACUCGCAGCGCAACUCGAUAUCCUCCGACGUGUUCCCCUUCAACUCGUUCCCCUCCUACAACUGGAAUACGGCGCCAAUCAUGCGCAACCAGAACAGCAACGCAUACUGGCACCCGCCCAUGCUCCCGCAGCAGAACGAGUACCACCACCAGGGUGGCGGGCAGACGGAGAACCCGAUGGAUUUCCUCCACCCGCCGAUGCUGCCGCAGCACGAGGAUGAUCUGUUCUCGACGUACAUUCACCCGCCUAUGGCGAUUCCGGACGACCAGUCGCAGAUGGGCCAGCAGGUGCAUCCGCCCAUGCUCUGGCCGGACUACUCGCACGACAACAGCUACGACAACUCCAUGCAUGGGUACUGAGCGCCGCCGUCGCUGCCGCCACCUUCCGUUAUGCUUAUGCUUAUGCCCUCCCGCUUCUUUUCCACUGUGCUAUACUCACUCUCACAUGUUGUAUGCCUUCCAUGUAGAAAUUAUCACAUGUACUCCCGUUGACGGAGCGCGAUGUGUCGGACAUGGUUUCCCGCAGGUGUCGUUCCCUCGCCCCUCGUCGCCGUGUUAUCCAUCCGCUGUCGCCCUCGUCAUCGCUGUAUCCGUGUACCCUGCUCUCUCGAACGAUACGUCCCGUCCUCUCGGCAUCUUCUCGUUCCCAUUCUCACUGCAUAUACGACUUCUUCAUACACCGACUGAUGACCCCUGCAUCACUCUUCUGGCUGCCCUCCCGUCCUUCGAUGACGCUUCCUGCCAUUCACUUUCUGCUUCCUCGCCCUUCCCACCCUUUGACGACCUUUUUAUUUCUUAAAGAUGCCGGGACCUGCUCCUCUAUCCGCGCUGUACCCGCUGCCUAUUCUUGUAUACCACUUCCGCCACGUCUUCCACUCACCAACAUACUCAUCUGUCUCCGAUUUACGUACCGCUCAUCCCAACCCCUUCCUUGUUGUACAUAACUAUGCGAAGGUUUGCGCUUCCAAACCCAAAAUACGACUUGUUGUACCCACGAAUAUAUCGUGAGUUGUCAUCAUUGCGUGUGGCUUACGGUUUGGGAGCUUUAGAUCUCGACGCCGACUUCGCAGUUCUCCAGCAGGCUGAAAUCAGUCUGGCAUGUGAGUCCAUGUGACUCACAAAUCAUUU